GGGUGUUAUGUUGGGAAUUGGAAUGAACGGAGCGGCUCUGCAAGAAACAGCUAUGGCUAAAAACAGCAAAAAUGGUAAUCGAGACUUGGUCAAGAAGAUCAAAAAGCCAAAAAUUGUCCAUUCUUAUCGCUUCGUGCGCGCCUCACUCUCUUUUUGCCCCUCACUAUUUGUAUCCUCUCCCCCCCUUUCCCUUUCCCUUGCGGAGGCAUUGGGCUAGGGCUCUAGUUGUGGCAUUCUGGCAUGAGUGCUUGAUUUUACUGCACUUUUUCUGUGUCGCCAAUUAAAACCCACAAAAAAAAAAAAAAAGGUUUUUAUACUUCCCACCAUAUGGUCACUGUCUCUGGUCCUCUAUCUCCCACACCAGUACCUGAGAUGGAGCUUAGUGGGGAUGAGAAAAAAGCAAGGAUUGAAUCCUUGAAACAGAAAGCCAUCAAUGCCUCCAAUAAAUUUCGGAAUUCUUUGACCAGAAAGGGUAGGAGAAGUAGCAAAGUGAUGUCCAUUGAAAUUGAGGAUGUCCAUGACGCAGAGGAGUUGAAGGUGGUUGAUGCUUUCCGCCAAAUACUUGUGUUGGAGGAACUCCUACCCGCAGCACAUGAUGAUUAUCAUUUGAUGCUCAGGUUUUUGAGGGCAAGGAAAUUCGAUAUUGAGAAAACAAAGCAGAUGUGGUCUGAUAUGCUUCAGUGGAGGAAGGAAUUUGGUGCUGACACUGUUAUGGAGGAUUUUGAAUUCAAAGAAAUCGAUGAAGUCAUGCAACAUUAUCCUCAAGGGCAUCAUGGUGUAGAUAAGGAUGGAAGGCCUGUGUAUAUUGAAAGGCUAGGUCAAGUAGAUCCCAACAAGCUAUUGCAAGUUACAACCAUGGACCGCUAUGUCAAAUACCAUGUACAGGAGUUUGAGAGAACUUUUGUUGUCAAGUUUCCAGCUUGUUCACUUGCAGCGAAGAAGCACAUUGAUCAAAGUACAACCAUCUUGGAUGUCCAAGGAGUGGGCCUCAAAAAUUUUAACAAAGCAGCAAGGGAUCUUAUAACCCGCCUUCAGAAGAUUGAUGGUGACAACUACCCUGAGACCUUGAAUCGCAUGUUCAUCAUCAAUGCUGGUUCUGGAUUCAGAAUGCUGUGGAACACUAUUAAGUCUUUCCUUGACCCUAAGACUACAGCAAAGAUCCAUGUUCUUGGCAAUAAAUAUCAGAGCAAGUUACUUGAGAUCAUUGAUGCCAGUGAGUUGCCAGAGUUUUUGGGAGGUACCUGCACUUGUGCUGAUCUAGGAGGCUGCAUGCGUUCUGAUAAGGGCCCUUGGAAAGACCCAGAGAUAAUGAAGAUGGUUCAAAAUGGUGAUCAUAAAUGUUCAAAGAGAAGUGUGUCUCAAAAUCCUGAGGAGAAGAUAACUUCUGAGGAUGACGCUACAUGCUCGAAGGGAAAUGACUCUUCCAUGGUGGGGUCAGCUCUCAAUAUUUCAAGUGACCCUUUAGAGUAUGCACAAGUUGCUCCUAUCCUUGCACAAGUUUCUUCAAAGUUUGAGAAUUAUGGUCCUAUAAUUGAGAAGACUGUGGAUAUGACUUGGAAAAAAUUGGCAGAAGAUGAUAAGUACGCUCUUUCUAAAGCAGCAGAAGUUUACACCAAAUAUGAUGGUUGCAAGGUUCCUGAAGGGAUGGGCUCUCCAAUUUUUACCGGUGUCAUGGCUUUUGUUAUGGGCAUUGUCACCAUGAUUAAAGUAACACGCAACAUGCCCAAGAAGACCAUCUACUCUAGUCCUGGAUACUGUGUUGAGACAGAGGUUAAAGGCCGGGCAAACCAGCCACUUGAAUCUACUAUCUCUAGUGCAGAUUACAAGACUCUCAUCAAACGCAUGGCUGAAUUGGAAGAGAGAGUGAAGGUUCUGAGUACGAAACCCUCUAUGACACCUGAGAAGGAGGAGAUGUUGAAUGCUGCUAUAAGCCGGGUUGAUACCUUGGAGCAAGAACUUAUGGCAACCAAGAAGGCUCUGGAGGACUCACUUUCUCGACAAGAGGAGCUCGUGGCUUACAUUGAGAAGAAGAAGAAGAAGAAGAAGCUGCAGUUCACCUGGUAAAGGAAGAGCUCUGGAUUCUUAAGAGUUGCAAAGAGAAAUGUCGGUGAGCUGAUUUUCUGUUUUCCAGUCUUGUUUAAGGUUUCUUGUACAAAAUAGAAAUCAAAGGUUUUGUUCGGAAGUAUGAUUUCCUUCCACAUUUAUCUGCAAUAUAAUUAAAUUCUCGCAUCUUACAGAUGUAUUCCAAUUGUUAAUAGAAAUUAUUGAGAUUCUAUUUAAAGGUU